AUGCCUGUCUUCAAAGCUCCAGUCACAAAGGCCGAUCGCAAGAAGAACCGUGGCGAAUGGGUCGUUCCUGGAUACAUGCCGGUGGUGUCCGUCAAGCCCAACGACACGCCGAGUGCCAAUAGAGCGAAGACUAGAUGCCGCUUGCUGGAGCUGCCAGCUGAGCUCAGGAACCGCAUCUACGAACAUAUCUUCUCGCCUCCGUUUAUUGUGCUCUUCCGCCGCCGAUCGUUGAACAAGCGCCUGAGCAAGCAGCAGGAAGGCAAGGUGCUGCCAGCAAACGUCAAUCAUUUCGAGGCAAAGCUGGAGCCUCUUUCCAGCGCUGCAGCACCAGUUAUCCGCUUCGAACAACUGAUGCACGCCAGGAAGGAUUACAACGGUGCCAACACUCGCCUUCUUGCUGAAAAGAAUUACCCGUUCGCUGGCAUUGUCUUGAGCAACAAGCAAAUCAGCCAAGAGAGUCUCCCGUAUAUGUACGGUAGAGAGAUCUUUUCCUUCAGCUCCUUCAAGCUCGCUCGAUCGUUCAUGCAGCACAUCGGAAGCAUGAAUCAGCUGUCCGUGCGGAGAAUCCAGCUCCGCCAUUCCACGAUGCACCGAGGCCAGUCAAUCGACUCCAAGCGCUCCGUGGAGAGGUGUGAGCACAGCUUCAAGAGCCUUUGCUGCGAACUUGUCAACUCAUUUCCGAACUGUGAAGACAUCGACAUUGCCGUGAAGGACAGCAAUUCCCCGAACAGCAUCGUGCCGUUAUAUGAUGAGCCCGAAGAGGUUAUUACGCUAAAAGCCAUCAGAUCUUUGAAAUGGUUCUCAGCUCUUGCUCCGUUUGCGAGGCUCAAGCAACUCAAGACCGUGAGUGUCAGCGUGCAUGACAUGACAAUCUCGGAGCUCAAUCGCUGGUUUUUCGGCGCAAAGCGCGAGGUAAUACAGUACGAUCCCGCACUGAAGAUUUCCUGCGAGCGGCAGCAGGAGCUGUGCUGCGAUCAAUGGGUGACUUACCGCGCAAAGUUGUAUCGAUCCCUGGGCGAUACGAUUGCAAGACUCAUCAUGGGUGACAAGGAGCCGUGGAAGGCUCAUGCCGAGUUGUUGGAAGAAUACCGAGCGUUCUGCUUUACCAGCCUCGAAUCUCCGGCGAAGACAUUGGCGGAUGCGGCUUACAUAGCGUGGCGUGCGCGCUGGGUCAAGAAAGACUUCUGGUCGUGA